UUUUUCUUGCAUUAGUUCUCAACUCAUCGACGUGACCAAAACAAAACAAAAAAGGUACAAAUUCAUAUAUACAAAAAUUAAAGUUUCAAAAUUCUCUCUUCUUGAUCAUCAUCAUCAAAUGGCGUUUUCAGAGCCAAUAGUUAUAUGCAAGAAACAUCCACAACACAAACAACAACCAGGAGUAUGUUCAUGUUGCCUAAGGGAAAAGCUCUCAAAGAUUAAUGGUACAACUACAAUUGCUACAAUUUCAUCUAUUCCUUCUUCUAUAUCCUCCUCUGCAUCCUCGUCCAAUUGCGCCUCACCACAUGGUGCAAUUGGACAUCGUCGGAUCACGUCCGACGUUGCUGGCGGCCACUAUUCAUUCGUUACGCUAGCAGCCGCCGGAGCUGGAGGAGGGGGAGGAGGAUUGAAGAAGAGUAGGUCAAUAGCUUUUGUUGCAAGAGGGGGUAGAGUUGGAAUUAAUGGAAAGACGAAGAAAGAAGGGUUUUGGUCAAAGCUGAUCCGGUCAACGGGGAAACGGACCAAUAGGGUUGUUGUUCAUUGAUGAGAUGGAUUUUAAUAAUUUUAUUAGGUGGCGAUUCAAGAAAUUAAAAUUGUUAGGCAAAUGAGUUAGGUGAAUAUUACUUUGUAAUUUAGGGUUGGUAUUAUUUGCACGUGUAAUAGUACAAAAGAGAAAAAGAAGAAUCAUUUGAUUUGAUGUUUUUUGAAUGCCAUAUCUAUAUUUCAUUUGUGAAUAUAAAAUUAAUUUUUAUAGAGAAAAUGUGCAUGUUGCUAGAGGAAAGUUCACUCUA